UGUGUGUGAAGAUGGAGAGUGUGUUGUGCAGCGAGCGCAGGGAUCUGGGCCGUGCGGUGUGUGUGGUCACCGGAGCGUCGAAAGGCUACGGCCGGACGCUGGCUCUGCAGAUCAGCUGUUUACUGAAGCCGCGCUCCGUCCUGCUGCUGGUGUCCCGAACCGCAGACCAGCUCAACCAGCUGAAGCAGGACAUCGUGAGUCUGCACGCGGCACACACUGAUCUGCAGCUGGACGUGCGGUGUGUGCAGGCCGAUCUGCAGGAGCCCGACGGUGUGCAGAAGACCAUACAGGAGACCAGAAACACUCUGAUCACUGAUAUAGAGCAUCUGCUGAUCAUCAACAACGCAGCAUCUCUGGGUGACGUGUCCCGCUGUGCUGUGAGCUUCACUGACCCGUGUGAAGUGUCCCGGUAUCUGGCUCUGAAUGUGAGCGGUGUGUUGAGUCUGACGGCGGGGCUCCUGCAGGCGUUUCCUCCAGCGGUCGGUCUGCGCAGGACGGUGGUCAACAUCAGCUCUCUGUGCGCCCUCAAGCCCUUCCCCUCAUGGGUGCUGUACUGCACGGGGAAAGCGGCCCGAGACAUGAUGUUCAGGGUGCUGGCGGAGGAGGAGCCCGACGUCAGAGUGCUCAGCUACGCCCCUGGGCCUCUGGACACUGACAUGCAGCUGCAGGCGCGCUGUUUUUCAGGUAAUGUGGAGCUGCGGCGCUCUUUCUCCUCCAUGUUUUCUGACGGUCAGCUUCUGUCCUGUGAAGAAUCCGGAGCAAAACUCAUGAAGCUCCUGCUGGACGACCAAUAUCCGUCAGGUGCUCAUCUGGACUACUAUGAGCUCUAGAACCUGCCACUCCGGCCUGUGCAUAAAUACAGCUCAAGACACAGUUAUUAGUUAUCCUGUGAAUUUCUUUCUCAAAUAUUGUCCAAAUGAUGUUGAACAGAUUCAGGAAUUUUUCACAGUAUUUCCUCUAAUAUUUUUUCUUCUGGAGAAAGUCUUAUUUGUUUUAUUUCAGCUAGAAUAAAAGCAGAUUUUAAUUGUUUUAAACCCAUUUUAAGGUCAAUAUUAUUAGCCCCUUCAGCAAUAUUAGUUUUGUCUCCAGAACAAACCACUGUUAUACAAUGACUUGCCUAAAUUUAACAAGAGGGCGCAUAAUUCUGACAUUUCUAAUCAUAAUAGUUUUAAUAACUCAUUUAUAAUAACUGAUUUCUUUUCUCUUUGCCAUGACCACAUAAUAUUAGACUAGAUAUUCUUCAAGACACUAGUAUUCAGCUCAAAGUGACAUUUAAAGGCUUAACUAGGGUAAAGUUAGGGUAAUUAGGCAAGUCAUUGUAUAACAGUGGUUUGUUCUGGAUACCAAAACUAAUAUUGCUUAAGGGGCUAAUAAUAUUGCAUGUAAAUAUUUAUUUAAAAAUUUAAAACUAGCCAAACUAAAAGAAAUAAGACUUUCUCCUGAAUAGAUAAAUAUUAUAGGAAUUACUGUGAAAAUGUCUUUGCUCUGUUCAACAUCAUUUGGGAAAUUUUUGAAAAAGAUUAAAUAUCUGACAGGAGGGCGAGUAAUUUUGACUUUAACUGUAAAUAAUAAUGUUGUUCCUUUUAUUUUUAUACUAUAAUUUUCGGUGCUGUUUUUAUAAUAGAAUAAAUGUUUGGUGCUGGAUUGUUAAAGCAGAAACACAAAUAGAAAAGUACAUACUCGAUUAAAAAACAAUAAAAUAACAAUAAUAAAACGUGCUAGAAAAAUAAUUAAUGUACAUUUUUAAUGUUUAGUAAACUUUAAAUGUAAAAAUGGCAUUUUCAUUUUUAUUAAAAUGCCAAAUGUGACUUUUGUUAAAGAAUAUUUUAUUGUAGUUUUUCUCUCUUCAAUUUAUGCAUUAUUAUCAUCGAAUUUUAUGGAUUUUUUUGUAUGGAUUUUUUAUAUUAUUUAGAAAGGAGAAAUAAAUGAAACUAAAGAGAACUAAAGAUGACAAUGAAAUACUCAUUAAAACUCAAUUAAUUUCUCAAAUAUAUUAAUAAAUUAAACAAAUUUAAUAAAUUUAAAACAGUUAGUUACUUUAAAGGGCACCUAUGGUAAAAAAUCUACUUUUCAAGCUGUUUGGACAGACAUAUGUGCAUGUAUGGUGUAUAGAGCGUCAUAUUGGGGUGAUAUAAACACACCCAGUGCUUUUUUUUUUUCAAUUUAACAACAUAAAAAACGGUGGACCAAUUGGAGCGGUUUUCAAAUCGACCGCUACUUGACGUAGGAGAGCGGUCCCCCCUCCCACCAAUAUUGAUUGACAGGCGUGUCAUCAUAUCCUCAGUUUGUUGAUUCACGUCCGCCAUUUUCAGCGUGAGUCGAAGCGAUAUCACUAAAGGAACACGCUAGCUCUAUUUUUAGAUGCAAGGCUCAUUGGGCUCAACACAAGAUCAAUAUUCUCCACAUUAUCGCUCUAAUCGGAAUUAUUGGUUGUGUCUUUAGGUAGGUUUGCAAACAUGUGUACUUCUCAUUGAGUCUACCUUAUACUUCAGCCGUUUGCAUUUCUCGCGAUCCCAGAAGCUCCCUGUGAUCUUAACUAGCAUGCGUUUUACAAUUCUAAACAUCGGUUUCUAUCAGGAUACACUCAAGUCGACGGCUGGGCGCCGCGGACCGCUGCAGAAACCUAUGUUUACAAUUCAAAAAUGCGUGGCGCGACGAUUCGGGACACUUCAUGUAUCUGCCGCGCCACAGAGAGUGUCUGGUGUGCCGUGUCGCAGCUUCGAGCGGUGCAUCCGGUGCCUCAGUCAAAGUUAAUUCAGUGUGCGUGGUUAUUAGUUUCUGUGUACAAGCUCGGCACUUGAAACUAGCACACAGUUGGCUGUAAAACUGUACAAAGACACAAAUGAUUUUGUACUCUCUGCUUGGUCUGUGUCAGAGUCGUACAUGUAAGACUGAAUGGUGAACCUCUCACUCCUGCUCCUUCUCUCAGUCUGCCUGUCAGACUCUGUUGCAAAAGCAGAGCGGGUGAGCUCAUGGCCCCGCCCCCUUGUUACGUUGGGCGGGAAGCUGAAACUAAUCUACAUGUGAAGCAACACACCCCUAAAUCAGCGAGCUGUGGACACGCCCCCAACAUGACACUUUUUAACACAUUAUAAUAAAACAAUCUGAAUUGUGUUUUAAACUGAAGCUAAACUGGCACACUCAGAACAACCAGAAUAUUAAUAUUAAAUCAUAAUAAAGAGGUCAACUAUGGGCCCUUUAAAUUCACAAAAAUGCAAAAGAUGUGUUCACAGCAAUGUUAAAUUUGAGUUGUUGAACUGAUGGACGAUAUUUUAAAGAUUGUUAAAGCAGAAAAAUAAACAGAAAAGUAAAUGCUUAUUUCAAAAAUAAUAAAAUAAUAAUAAAACUGCUAUAAAAGUAUUGUAGUGUUAUAGUUUGUAGUUUAACUUUAAAUGUAAAAAUGGCAAUUUUUUUUUAUAAAUACCACAUAUGACUUGUUUAAGUGAUGGAUAUUAUGUUAAGUGUACUUGUUUUUAGUUCAUUUAUGUAUUAUUAUUGUUGUAUUUUUAUGCAUUUUUUAUAUUUAUUAAUUAGAAAGAAAAAUGACAUGAAAUACUCAUUAAAAACUGAAAACAAUUGCAAAAAUACAUGAAUAAAUGAGUAGUUUUAAGACAUUCAGUGAACUUUAAAUAUAAACAAUUGCACAGCACGUAUUUACAGCAAUGUUAAAUUUGACUCUUGUUGAAUUGAUGGACAUUAUUUUAUAAUAUGUUUAUUUGUUGAGUUUUGAGUUAUCGAGUUCAUUUGUGUAUUAUCAUUAUAUUAUUAUUAUUGUUAUCGUAUCUUUUGUUUUUACAUUUUUUAUACUUUUUUAAAUCAUUAAUUAUUUAGAAAGGACGAACAAAUGAAUUAAAAGGUAAAUAAAAUAUAACAGGACAUUAAAAUUUUAAACAAGUAUGUUCGAAAAUGAAAAUUAUUGUAAAAAUUUAUUCAAAUUUAACUCUGAAUGAAAUGUCAAAUAAACACUGGUGCUGUUUUAUAUGAGAAAUAAA